CUCUUCUCGGAGCUGGUGCAGUACUGCCAGCGCCGCGUGGCCUCGGUGGCCGAGCUGCAGGCCCGGCUGGCCCAGCUGGGCCAGCACGUGGGGCUGCGGGCCCUGGACGCUCUGGUGGCCCGCGAGAGGCCCGGGAGGCGCGAGACCAAGGUGCUGGGGGUGCUGCUGUUCGUCAAGGGGCCGCUGUGGCGGGCGCUGUUCGGGCGCGAGGCCGACAAGCUGGAGCAGGCCAACGACGACGAGCGCACGUUCUACGUGAUCGAGCGGGAGCCGCUGGUGAACACCUUCGUGUCGGUGCCGCGCGAGAACAGCUCCCUGAACUGCGCCGCCUUCGCCGCCGGCCUGCUGGAGGCCGUGCUGGGCGCCGCCGGCUUCCCCGCCCGCGUCAGCGCCCACUGGCACAAGGGCACCACCCUCAUGAUCAAGUUCGACGAGGCCGUCAUUGCCCGCGACAAGAGCCUGGAGGGGCGAUGAGGCGCUGGGAGAAGGGGACACGGGGUGGGGACAGGUUGG